GUACGAAUUAUUUGACGGGAAUUUCCUCGAGCUGCGGAUUUAGAACUGGAAACAGGAGAGGCCAGGUUUUCUUUAACACUCCCAGCCUGCAAUUUCGUAGCUAUGACCGCGGCCCUCCUCGGCGCAGUGGCGCCAUGCUGCUGCUUCCGGACAAGACCAGUUCAGUAUGUGUCAUCUCCUUCCUCAGUUUCGAGCUCCAAGAACCAAGGGUUUCAUCCUGACGGAUCGUCUUCUCAGUCGGGUCUUCGUGUUUUUUCGCCAUGGAGAGGACAGACGCCUGUCCGGCACUCAUUCCCCAGUAAUUGCAAAAAAAUAGGGAAGAAGAGGAAGUCUAGAUGCAUGGUUGUUUAUGCUUCUCUGUUUGGAGUUGGAGCUCCAGAAGUUUUGGUAAUAGGUGUGGUGGCUCUGUUGGUAUUUGGACCUAAAGGUCUAGCAGAGGUUGCAAGGAAUUUAGGAAAAACUCUGCGAGCUUUCCAGCCAACUAUCAGAGAGCUUCAGGAAGUUUCUAGGGAAUUCAAGAGCACCCUUGAGCGAGAGAUUGGACUUGAUGAAGUUACGUCCUUAUCAAAUAAUGUCUACAGACCCAACUCAAUCUUUAAUGAAAACACUUACUAA